GGCUGCACAUGUCAUCUGCUGGGUGUGUGGGUGAGGGGCAGCGGGGAGGGAUUGUCUGUGAAGGGAUCAGGAGUCCUCCUCAUUACUUGGAUUGUUAACCCCUCCAUUGCCACUCACAUAGGUCUGUGUCUUCCCUGGAGAACAUACAAGGGCCAGCGUGCCUAAUGCUGUAUUUAUGCAUUAUAAUAUAGGCAGUAAAUAUGUGUCUUGGAUUGUAAUUUGCACAUGAAUGCCCUCUGAGCCCAUCUCUCCGACUUGUCCCUCCGACUUCCAGGUCGGGUAUUAGAUUUGGAAACGGCUUUAAAGUCCAACAUCCAAGUGUUCAAUAGAAUUAAAAAUUAAAACAUCCCCCUUCCUUCAUCCGGAGCAAUUUUCAGCCACGUGUUUGUUCAAGCCAAGCUUGGAAAUCGAAAAGACUCGGAGGUUUAGGAGGAAAAUCACCCAGGCGGUGCUUACAUUCCACUCGGCGCAGAGCAAACACCGUGUAGUCAUAGCAUCGGGGGCUCGCUGCCAGCUUCCAGCGGUAAUGAUGAACUCCAUGUCAGAUUAGCUUUUCAAUACUGAGAUUUUUUUUAUUUUUUUUUGUCCAGAAGGGAAUUAAUACUCCCAAACCACGCGGGUUAAAUCCUUGGCGUCUCCAUACCCAGAAAACAAGCGUCCAAGAGCCUCUCGCGGCUUUGCGUUACAAAGUCCAGCUCAGAUCCCCGAGUGACAGAUAAAAGGUCGCGCACGUUUUUUAUAUACCUAGUGUACGUGAAAAAAAAAAAAAAAACACAGAACGCUCUUUUGGGUGUAAUAUUUAGAAUCCUUAUUUAUUGGAUUUUUUUUACUAUUGGAAAACUUAAUUAUUUUUACAUAUUUUUUUUUUUUUAAAGAGGGAAGUAAGUGGUUACAAAUAUAUUUUUCCUACGCAGAAAUUAUUCGUUUACUUGAAUUAGAGAAUUAAUAAAAGACUUCAGAAAAUUUUGGUAAGGUUCAGUCAUGGAUGGCGCCAACGGCUAUGAGUUUAGCAAUAGAGAAGAGGAAGACAAAGACGCGGGUGACCCCGUACAGCCGCUAAUCCCGGCUCUUCAGCAGAAGAGGAGGAAGUUAAUUCUUCAUCUAGAUCUGAAUAACACCAUCCUGGUAUCUGAUACCGCCACCGGGCAAGGGCUUAGGCAAGCGCUUAAUUCCUACCUGAGCACUGUUGCCUGGGGGCAGAUAGGCAGCACAGGUGAAUGGGAAUGGAUAAGUGAUCAGCCCUCCGUCAAACCUCCAACCCAAGAGGCCAUCAACUAUUACACUCAGUUUGGGCGUGAUGGCUCCUUCAGUGACUCCAAGAUGGGGCGGGGCUUUAAGGAGGUCUUCACCCGCCACAUGGAGCUGUUGCGGUGGCCGGGAAAGGCAGACGAACUGUUUACACAAAGAGGAGAGGAUGGAAAGUUGUACCACUGGAUCCUGCCGUCCUUCUUCCACCUGCUCAGCACUCUCCAUCAGCAGGGGAGGCCGUUCUCCAUCAUACUGAGGACAUUCGGCAACGAUCUUCCAAAUGUGCUCCAAUCUGUUCAUGCCGCUUUAGCUGGAAAACACCCACAGUUCCCUCAACUGCUAGAACUGCCGCUCACUGUGGAGCUCACGCCAGGGAAAAUCCGGUGCAAUAAAAGGGAGACGGUGCUGACCCGGGGGACUACUCGUGUGUCCACGAAAGGAGAAGAGAGAAAUAUUUAUGAUUACUUCAACGCUAUGUCUGGAAUAGGAGGGUUCCAGGACCAUUUCGACUGGUGGAAAAGAAACGACUUUACAAAUUCCGGAGGGAAGCCAUUAUGGAUUGAUCCCAAUGACCGCGAUAAUCUGCAUAUCAUCAUAGAUGACAAUAUCCGUCUGAGUGAAAAUGAAACCGAUACGAUUGUGAAUAGCCGGGUACUUCUAGACAGCGGUAAAGGAAAGGCGUCCAGGAAUGCCCCCACGUCAGAGCUGUACGACAUCUGCUUGGUGCAGACGGAUCUCCUCCGAGCCAUCGCCGAGAAGGACUACUUCUUAGAUUGCGUCCGAGUCUGCGAGGCGAAUUAUGAGACUUACUUCCAGAAAUCUCUGCUGCGUAGGCUGAGCUACGGCUGAGCGCUCUUCAUUUCUCAUUUAUAUGAUGUACUGAUCUAUUAUUUAUUUUAGUGUUUUUUUUUUUUUGCUGUUUUGUUAUUUAAAAGUUUAUCCACUCUCUCUCUCAGGGAGCCAUCUCCGGCUGCAUUAUGGGUCACGUAAAGAAAAUGAGACUUGUUCUCUGACUUGAUCUUAGUUGGACUUUCUGAUUAGUUUGCGGAACUCUUGAGUAUUUUAUUUUAUAUACCGUAUUUAUUGGAGUAUAACACGCACUUUUUUCCACUGAAAAUAGGGGGCAAAUCGCAGGUGCGUGUUAUACGCCGAUAGUGUACCUUGGAAGGUAAGAAGGGGGACGAACACAGCCAUAAUUCACGAGCCGUCAUCCCCUGUUCGGCUCUCACGUCACACCCACAGUCCCGCCUCCGCCUCUGGCAUUGGACCAGUGUUCUGUGUAUCACAGGA